AUGUCGAAUUCCUCAGAACCGAAACAAUGCAAUUCUGGUAUUCUUAUACCAGCUCUGAAAACGUCGCCGGGAAAUACGAUGAUAUAUUUUUUUGGAUUGUUGUAUUGUUUUCUAGGUGAGUUUGGGGUAUCUAGAAAAAUUUGAAAAAAUUAAACAUUCAAAAAAACAUGAAAAUAAUUUUUUAUUCGAAUCUUCACGUUUAAAAAAUUUCACAUUUCUUGUUUUUCUCAAAUUUCAGAACAAUCGAAAAUGAAAUCAGUAGGUUAAUUUUUUUUUCAUUUAGAAAAAUUAAAUCUUGUUAGAAAUCUGAAGUAAGUUUUAUUUUGGAUAACUGAAAAAAAGGAUCAAAUUUUAUAACCUAAAAGUUCAUAACAAUUUAGAGAGAGAUUAUGGGUUAGGAAAAAAAUUAACAUGAAAAAAAUCUUGUAAAUUGGAGAAAAAUAGUGCUUACCCCCUCUUCUUCCUAAACUCUGUUUUUUCAAGGAAUUGCAAUCGCCGCUGAUAUUUUCAUGUGUGCAAUCGAACAAAUCACAAGUGCAACUCGAAAAGUCAAACGAACCCCAAAAAAAGAUAAAUUAGUCGAAGACGCCGCAACCGAAGAAGGAGAAGAAACCUAUGAUUAUGUGAAAAUCUGGAAUCCAACAGUUGCAAAUUUAACACUUAUGGCUCUUGGAUCUUCAGCUCCUGAAAUCCUACUUUCAAUUAUUGAAAUCAUUGGAAACGAUUUCAAAGCUGGAAGUUUAGGACCUGGAACUAUUGUUGGAUCGGCAGCUUUCAAUCUUUUCUGUAUUUCUGCUAUUUGUGUACUUGCUGUUGGUUCAAAAGCUAAAAGAAUUGAAUUAUACAGGGUUUUUAUUGUCACCGCGUUUUUUGGAACAUUUGCAUAUCUUUGGUUGUAUUUGGUAAGUUUUUUUUUAAUUUAAAAAAAAGCUGGAACAGAAUGUUUUUUUAUAGAUUCUCAUCAAGAUAAGUAAAGAUGUUGUUGAAGUUUGGGAAGCGCUUUUGACACUUCUGUUUUUCCCGAUUCUUGUUGUUGCUGCUUAUUUUGUUGAUAUUGAAAUUUGGAAAUCGAAAAAAGCAGAUCUUCGUGAGCAAUUAGAACUUCAAGAUUGUGGAAUGGGAAAAACAAUCGAAUCUGAAGGAAUUACUGAUGAGAUUAAAAAAUGGGCCAGUUCUUUCAGUCUACCAGAUGAAAAUGGAAUUGUGACCGAAGCAGCUCCAUCGAUUGCCACAGUUCGAAAAUGGACUAGAACAUUGUCACAAACUUAUCCAGAUUUGGAUGAGGAAGAUCAAGCAAAAAUAUUGGCGAAUAGAGUUUCGAGAACUUUGAGUCAUGAUAGACUUUAUUAUCGAAUUCGAGCAAUUCGACAACUUUCUUCGUCUUGGAGAAAAAGUCAGGAUGAAGAAAUUCAGAAAAUUGAAGAAAUUGGAAAAGAAGAAGCUGAUUGUGGACCAAGAAGUAAAACAUUUGUGGAAUUUAAUGCAAGAGUUUAUGCGGUUGAUCAAAAUGAUUCGAAUGUUAUCUUGAAGGUUUGUUUUAUAUUUUAUUCAGAAAUAGAAAUGUUUUUCAUAUAAUUUUAGGGAAUAAAAAUUUUUUAGAACUUUAGAUCUUCUAAACAUCGGGUUUAGAAUUUUAGAAAGAGAACUACAAGUUCGAUCAAUUCGAAUUUAUAUUUUGGAAAAAAAGACUUCUGUAAAUUUGAAAACUAUUUUCGAACAAACCUAUUUCAGGUCUAUCGAUAUGGAAACACUGAAUCUUCAUUCACAAUCAAUUACACAACCGUAAAUGGAGUCGCCAAAAAAGAUUUGAACUAUCUUUUCAAAAGUGAAGUUCUAAAGUUCAACUCGGGAGAACUUUCCAAAGAAAUUGUUAUUCAAUUGGUGCAACCAGAAAAUUGGCGACCAAAUGAUGUGUUUUAUGUGCAUUUGAAAAUUCAGGUAAGUUGAGGGUCCCUGCAGAAAAUAGGGUGAUUAAUUUGAAAAAAAAACAAUUUUAUUUUGCAAAAAAAAUCCUACAAAAGAUCAUGAUUUUCAACUUUUUUUGAAAGAAAAACAACGUAUUUAUUUGAUCUGUGAUUUGUUGUCUGGAAAAUUUUGAUUUCACAAGGAUCAAAAAGAAGCUUGAAUGUCGAAAUAAUUAAUCUGAUCAGUGAUUUUUUUUAAACUGAAUUCUGAAUUUUCAAAAAAAUAUUCCAGGAUGAAGAUGAAAAUGCCAAUGUUCGCCUCGGAAUUUGUAACGUAGCCCGCGUGAAAUACCCUGCAGAUGAGCCGAAAAAUGUUACCGGAACUCCAAACAUCGAAUUUGUCCGUCCAAAUUAUGUGGUGAAAGAGAACGCAAAAUUCAGUCGAAUUUAUGUAACACGCCGUGGAACUCGGGCGAGUUUGAAAGAACCAAUUAUAGUAAAAUAUGAGACAGAAGACAUUACUGCAAAAAAUGGAUCUGAUUAUCGAGGAGUUCGGGAUGGAGAAUUAUUUUUCAAAAAUCAGGUUAGUUGGUCCCUCAUUUCCCCUGUUUUUGUUGAAAAAAUAUAUAUUUGAAAUGUACAAAGAAAAACAAUUUUUUUGUUAAUCUAUUUUUGGAAAGUUGAUUUAAUCUUAAAAAUAUUCGGUAUUUUUUCUCAAAAAAACAUGUUGGAAGUGCAGCAACCCUAAUUAGGUUCAGAAAUCAAGCCUUAUUACGUAGGCAGAAAACACAUAACUAACUAGAUUUUUGUUUUACUUUAGGAAUACGAAAAGUAUAUUGAUAUCGAGAUUUUUGAUGAUAAAGAAGACGAGAAAGAUGAAAGUUUUCAAGUUGAAAUAAAAGAGAUUGAAAGUAAAGAAUAUACAAUUGGACAAAAACGAAAAACUAUUGUGACAAUUAUUUCGGAUGAUAAUGCAUUGAAAAAUAUAACAAAUGUUCAUAAAUUGAUGUCGCAUUAUAUUCGAGAAAUGAAACCGGGAAAAGCCACGUGGAAAGAGCAAAUAUUGAAUGCGGUUUCUGUGAAUGGAGGAGAUUUGACAAAUGCAACAAUUUCGGAUUGUGUUUUACAUGCAUUGGCAUUCCCAUGGAAGGUUAGUUUUUUAGGGUGAUUUUUUUGGAAAAAAUACAGUGGAUCAAGCUCAAAUUCCAAAAUUGCAGAGUUUUUGAACUGAGAUCUUCGGAUUUUUCAAAUUUAUUUUUCUAAAUUGAACUUUUCUCUUUAAAUUCUGCGACCACAUUUCUGUUGUCAAACUUGUAUGACGUUAUGAAAUUUGGAAACAGAAUUUGCAAAAAAUCAAAGUUUUGUAAGAUCACAACUUUUCAAGAUUAUCCAACUUUCCUCACGUCAUAACUCAUGUUCAGAGUUGAGAUAAGAUGAUUUUGAAAGCUCAAAUGUGAUCAGCUAUGAUGAAUUUUGUACCAAAUCAGAAAAACAAUUUUUUCACGUGAACACCAUUUUGAAACUUUAACGAAAUUUUUCUAAUUGGAUAUAAAAGUAUUUUUCAGUUUGCCUUCGCAUUUCUACCUCCACCAACAAUUCUCAGCGGUUAUCCAUGUUUCGUAGUUGCUCUCAUUGCUAUCGGAAUAGUUACUGCUGUUGUCGGAGAUGUUGCAUCGAUUUUCGGAUGUAUGAUUGGAUUUUCUGAAUCGACUGUUGCAAUCACUUUGGUCGCACUAGGAACUUCCCUUCCAGAUACUUUUGCCUCAAAAAUUGCUGCUGAAAGUGUUAGUAUCAAUCAGCAAGAUUUCGGUGAAUUUCAAAAAUCUCUAUUUUCUAGGAAUCAUCUGCUGAUAAUGCUGUUGGAAAUGUGACUGGAUCAAACUCUGUCAAUGUUUUCCUUGGACUUGGUCUUCCCUGGGUAAUUGCUUCAAUCUAUUGGGCUUCGAAAGGUCAAGAAUUCAAAGUUUUCUCAGGAGAUUUAGGUAUCAGGUAAGUAAGCCCCUAAUACUUCAUAUCAAAAGUUCAUCGUUAUUUAUAUGAUUGUUAUUCUAUUAUACCUCCCCCCUAGAAAAGUGUUGUGUUUUUGCCCUUUCGUAAUUAAUUAAUUAAAUAUACGUCAUCAUCUCUCGUAUUUUUUUUGCAGUGUCGCUGUCUUCAUGAUUUGCUCUGUACUCUUCCUAUCGGUUCUUGUGCUCCGGAGAAAGUUGAAGAUUUUCGGACGAGGUGAACUUGGUGGACCGUUUGGACCAAAAAUCUUGUCUGGGCUAUUUUUCAUUGCACUCUGGGUGGUUUAUGUAGCAGUAUCUAUCUAUAACUUCAAGAAACAAGCAUAA